UGCCCGCUCCCGUCUCUCUCUCCCUCUCUCUCUCUCCCUAUCACACACUCUCGGGAGCAGCGCUUUGACGCACCACGCAGAGUUGGAUUAUAGUAUUGCGCGCUGGUCUUUCACGGGGCUCUUUUCCUGACUACACAAGGGUGUAGCCUUGCCACUGACCGGCAAUUGAUAUAUGAUCGGAAUCAAUAUCUCUCCACCACGGUGACCUCUGCUGAGCUUUUUGGGGACACUGUCGCUGCUCCCUCUCCGGACGCGUGUUGUGAAUUAAUAACCAAGACAGCCUCACCUGGAGUGCGGUGUGUGCGUGUCUCUGUGUGUGUGUCUGUGUGUGUGUGUGUGUGUGUGUGUGUGUGUGUGUGUGUGUGUGUGUGUGUGUGUGUGUGUGUGAGUGUGUGUGUGCGUGUGUGUGUGUGUGCACUGAAGUGUGUGUGAGAGUGUGUUUCUCUGGAUCAGAUCAAGGAUCGAGGUGUUUCACUGGCUUGGUUCCGCACGCGCACGUAUACAUACACAGACACAACACACACCGGGGGGAUUUGGGCACCGCAUGCCGGGGACAUGUGGAAGUUUGCGCCGCUGUAGCGCAGCCAGAGAGCCGGUCCACCGCCUCGUCGACCUCCCCUCUUCCUGCCCAGGGGGACCAAAUUCCCGGUUCACAGCCUUGACACAUCGAAAACCCCUCUAAGAAGACCCAAAUGUAAAUUCAGAACGAGAAAUUUCAGAAACACACGUCUGAAAGGGAGGACAGCGAAAAGGGGGACGGCAUCCCGUUGCGUGCAGAGUUUGGUGAGCUCUUUCGGGGGAUUUCGGGGCAUUUAUUUUUAACGCCCUUGUAUUUUUCUCAAUAUUUUGUGGGUCUCAUAUUGGCCCACACUUGCCGCAGUGAUGGUGGGAGCUCUGAGCCCCGUUGGCCUUGGCCGCUCCCCGGCGACUGCGCUGGGGCUGCUGGUGGCUGUUCUGGUACUGGUCCUGUCCGGCGGAGCGGACGGCCAGCCCUGCCCAGCCCAGUGCUCCUGCACCGGGACUACAGUGGACUGUCACGGCCAAGGGCUCCGCAGCGUGCCCAGGAACAUACCUCGCAACGCGGAGCGACUGGAUCUGAAUGCAAACAACCUCACUAAAAUCACCAAGGCGGAUUUUGCAGGACUGAGACAUCUAAGAGUGUUGCAGCUAAUGGAGAAUAAAAUCACCACAAUCGAGAGAGGAGCCUUCCAGGACCUGAAGGAGCUGGAAAGACUGCGCCUGAAUCGGAAUAAUCUGGCCGUCUUCCCCGAACUGCUUUUCCUGGGAACGACAAAGCUUUACAGACUUGAUCUCAGCGAGAACCAGAUUCAGGGGGUUCCAAGAAAAGCCUUCAGGGGAGCUGUGGAGAUUAAGAACCUCCAGUUGGACUACAACCACAUCAGCUGUAUAGAAGAUGGAGCUUUCCGAGCGCUACGUGACCUGGAAGUGCUCACCCUCAAUAACAACAACAUCAGCAGACUGUCUGUGGCCAGUUUCAACCACAUGCCGAAGCUCAGGACCUUUCGCCUGCACUCCAACAACCUGCAGUGUGACUGCCACGUGGCCUGGCUGUCAGAGUGGCUGAGACAGCGCCCCCGCCUGGGUCUUUACACGCAAUGCAUGGCCCCACCACACUUGAGGGGGCACAACGUGGCUGAGGUGCAGAAGAAGGAGUUUGUCUGCACAGGUCACCAGUCGUCAUCGUCUUCCUCCUGCAGUGUGUUACAGUGCCCAGAGUCCUGCACCUGCAGUAACAACAUCGUGGACUGCAGAGGGAAAGGACUAACAGAAAUACCCACCAACCUGCCUGAAACCAUUACUGAGAUACGACUGGAGCAGAACGCCAUCAAGGUGAUCCCAGCUGGGGCCUUUUCUCCUUAUAAGAAGCUGCGCAGAAUAGACUUGAGUAACAACCAGAUAUCGGAGUUAGCUUCGGACGCCUUCCAAGGUCUGCGCUCCCUCAACUCUCUGGUACUAUACGGGAACAAGAUCACAGAGAUUUCCAAAGGACUGUUUGAGGGAUUGUUUUCUCUGCAGCUAUUGUUACUGAAUGCUAAUAAGAUAGCAUGUCUCCGUGUGGAUGCAUUUCAGGACCUCCAUAACCUCAAUCUGCUUUCACUAUAUGACAACAAGCUCCAGACCAUCGCCAAGGGGACCUUCUCGUCGCUAAGGGCCAUACAAACACUUCACCUAGCCCAAAACCCGUUUAUCUGUGACUGCCAUCUGAAGUGGCUGGCAGACUACCUGCAGGACAAUCCCAUCGAGACAAGUGGUGCCCGCUGCACCAGCCCUCGACGGCUCGCCAACAAACGAAUUGGACAAAUCAAGAGCAAGAAGUUCCGCUGCUCAGCUAGAGAACAGUAUUUCAUCCCAGGAGUACACCAUGUCGGCUGUACCGAGGAUUACCGCAGUAAGCUAGGAGGGGACUGCUUCGCCGACUUGGCCUGCCCCGAGAAGUGCCGUUGCGAGGGCACCACAGUUGACUGCUCCAACCAGAAACUGACCAAAAUACCAGAUCACAUCCCCCAGUACACCGCAGAACUGCGUCUGAACAACAAUGAAUUCACUGUGCUCGAGGCGACGGGGAUCUUCAAAAAGUUGCCUCAGCUAAGGAAGAUUAACCUGAGUAAUAACCGUAUCACUGACAUUGAGGAGGGAACAUUUGAAGGAGCCUCGGGGGUCAAUGAGUUGAUUCUGACCUCCAACAGACUGGAGAACAUACACCACCGCAUGCUGAAGGGACUCGGUGGCCUCCGCACACUCAUGCUGAGGAGUAACCGAAUCAGCUGCGUCAGCAACAGCAGCUUCGUGGGGUUGAGUUCAGUGCGUCUCCUUUCACUCUACGACAACCAAAUCACCUCCAUGAACCCCGGAGCCUUCGACACACUGCACUCCCUGUCCACACUCAACCUUCUGGCCAAUCCCUUCAACUGUAACUGUCACCUGGCUUGGCUCGGUGAUUGGCUGAGAAGGAAACGCAUCGUUACUGGUAACCCUCGCUGUCAGAGUCCUUAUUUCCUGAAGGAGAUCCCCAUCCAGGAUGUAGCUGUCCAGGACUUUGCCUGUGAAGAUGGUAACGAUGAGAACAGCUGCUCUCCAGUGCUUAGGUGUCCAGCAGAGUGUUCCUGUCUGGACACCGUGGUCCGUUGCAGCAACAAGGGCCUCACCACGCUUCCCAAAGGCCUUCCCAAAGAGACCACUGAACUGUAUCUGGAUGGUAACCACUUUACUCAGGUUCCUGCGGAGCUCUCCAAUUACAAACACUUAACACUCAUUGAUUUGAGUAACAACCAGAUCAGCACGUUGUCCAACCACAGCCUCAGUAACAUGUCCGAGCUGCUUACCCUAAUCCUGAGCUACAACCGGCUGCGGUGCAUCCCAGUGAGGGCGUUCGAUGGACUCAAGUCUCUCCGUUUGCUGUCUCUCCAUGGUAACGACAUAUCACUGAUACCAGAGGGAGCCUUCAAAGACCUGUCAUCACUCUCCCACCUGGCUCUGGGUGCCAACCCUUUGUACUGUGACUGCCACAUGCAGUGGCUGUCAGACUGGGUGAAGAGCGGCUACAAGGAGCCUGGCAUUGCCCGCUGUGCUGGGCCUGGAGACAUGACCGACAAACUACUGCUCACCACGCCUUCCAAGAAGUUUACCUGCACAGAAGUCCCGGGGCCUUGUGGUUUUCUGGUGCCAGGUCCAGUAGACAUGAGUAUCCAGGCUAAGUGUGAGCCCUGCCUGUCCAACCCCUGCAAGAACGAUGGCACCUGCUCCAAUGACCCAGUGCACUAUUACCGCUGCACCUGCCCCUAUGGAUUUAAGGGGCAGAACUGUGAGGAGCCCAUUCAUGCCUGUAUCAGUAACCCGUGUCACAAUGGCGGCACUUGCCACCUGAAGGAAGGAGACGGGAGCAACUUUUGGUGUGUGUGUCCAGAGGGCUUUGAAGGCGACGGAUGUGAGAUCAACAUUGAUGACUGUGAAGAUAACGACUGUGAGAACAACUCCACCUGCGUUGAUGGAAUCAACAACUACACGUGCAUGUGCUCACCAGAGUACACAGCUGCUACCAAUGAGGUGGAGAGAGGGGAGCUAUGUGAAGAGAAACUGGAUUUCUGCGCUCCAGAGCUGAACCCGUGUCAGCACGACUCAAAGUGCAUUUUGACCCCUCAGGGAUACAAGUGUGAGUGCACUCCAGGCUACGUAGGUGACCACUGUGAGCUGGACUAUGACGACUGUGAAGAAAACAAGUGUCAGAACGGAGGUCAGUGCAUUGAUGCCGUCAACGGAUACACCUGCGUCUGUCCAGAGGGAUACAGCGGGCUAUUCUGUGAGUUCUCUCCCCCGAUGGUCCUUCCCCGCACCAGCCCCUGCGACAACCACGAGUGCCUCAACGGGGCGCAGUGCGUUAUCAUGGGAACAGACCCCCGCUGCCAAUGUCUUCACGGCUACGAGGGCGAGCGGUGCGAGACACUCGUCAGUGUCAACUUUGUCAACCGCGAGUCCUACCUGCAACUUCCCUCCAGUCUCCUCUCACCGGAGACCAACAUCAGCCUACAGAUUGCUACAGAUGAGGACAGUGGCGUGUUGUUGUAUAAAGGGGACAAUGAUCACAUUGCCAUGGAGCUGUACAGGGGACGCCUCAGAGUCAGCUACGAUACCGGAUCUUACCCUCCUUCUGCUAUAUACAGUGUGGAGACAGUAAAUGAUGGCAGCUUCCAUGCUGUGGAGUUGGUUGCAUCAGACCAGACUCUUUCUCUGUCCAUCGACGGCGGGCCGCCCAAAUCCAUCAACUCCAUCAGCAAACAGUCCACACUCAACAUAGAUUCUCCACUUUACCUGGGAGGUAUGCCAGAACGUGCCUCGGCUUCCGGGGGUCUCUCGUCUCUUCAGCAUAGCUCAGGCGGACGCAACGGCACCAGCUUCCAUGGCUGCCUCCGUAACCUGUACAUCAACGGGAAGCUCCAGGACCUGGGAGCCGGGCUGGGGCCAGGGAGUCCAGGCUCUGGGACUACACAGAGCACCACCAGACAGUGGCUGGGCCACGGGGUGGAGCCUGGCUGCCAGCCCUGCCAGAGAGGCGCCUGCGUCCAGGGUGACUGUCACCCAACAGGUCAUCGUGGCUUCACCUGCACCUGCCACCCAGGCUGGACGGGGACACUGUGUGACCAGCAAGUCAACAACCCCUGUGACGGCAACAAGUGUAUCCAUGGCACCUGCCUUCCAAUCAAUUCCUACUCCUACUCUUGUCGCUGCCAGCCUGGUUUUGCUGGCGUACUCUGUGAUGAGCAGGAUCAGGAUGCAGCCAACCCCUGCAGUCUGUCUCGUUGUAAACAUGGCAAAUGUAGAGUGUCAGGCCUGGGCAAGGCAUACUGCGAGUGUAACAGCGGAUAUACAGGAGAGGCGUGCGACAGAGAGGUGGCCUGCCGAGGGGAACGGGUCCGAGAUGUCUACCAGAGACAGCAAGGCUACGCGGCGUGCCAAACCCAGGAGAAGGUCUCCCGUCUAGAGUGUCGGGGCAGCUGCCCGGGGGGAGCAGAAGGACAGGACACCUGCUGCACCCCUCUCCGCAGCAAGCGCAGGAAAUACACCUUCCAGUGCACUGAUGGCUCUUCUUUUGUCCAGGAAGUGGAGAAAGUGGUCAAGUGCGGCUGUACAAAGUGUUCCUCAUAAAAAAAAAAGAAAAAAGAGACAACAUCCUUGGCAGAUUUCCUCCCCUCCAGAUAUGUUUUAUGUUCCUGCCCGCCUUACUUGAUCACCGCCCCCCUUAUCCAAGGUCCCAAAUCCUCUUGAGAAACCCCCUCACCCCCCACAGUCCCACCCCACCAACCCUGUUUUUUAAAAACCCUUAAAAAAAGGCAAAAAAAAAAAAAAAACAAGAGAAACAACUAAAAAAGUUUCUUUUCUUGUCAGUGCUGGACUGAUGAUUGAUGCUUCCUCGGUGGGGAUGUUGAAUUGUAUUGUAAAGUACAAAAACAGACUUAUUUUUUAUUAUGAAGUGGAGAGAAAGACAAAAAAAAAAAAAAAAAACACAAGAGUUGACUUUUUCCUUACAUCUACUUCUUUUUGUUGGUCAUGAUGACUCCAAUGGUGUGCCACACUGUCUCUUCCCUGGAGGACUGACCGGUCGGUCACUGAUGGCUGACCGCCUCCUGUAGACUUCCUGCUUCCUGUCUGUGAGUUGUGUGUUUUAGGAGUAACCUUAACUGGUAGUACCACAGACUCACCACUCGGAGGAGCUGCAUUAAGGCAUGGGAAACGGAGGGCAGUGAUAACCCCGUACAACACAAGAAACCACCACUAUAGUCUGAGGUCUCCCUUAACAGGCCUCCUGAACCCUCUGAGACUGUGUGCAUGAUCCUACACACAGCUGUGCUCAAACUUGUGGUAUUUUUUACAGCUACUGAACAACACAAACACACACACACACAUACAAAUGCUCUCACUUGUAGAAGUUAUAAAUAUUACCUGCCAGGUUAAAUACACUACUCUCUGUUUAUCUACCCCCAGUCAUGAAUGACAAGUAUUUAUUGUAUCAUAAAUACCUGUACUUAUUCAGUAGAUCCCCUAUGUAUCAAUCUGAUUCUUUUAAUAUAUAUUAAUUUAUAUUUGUCCUUAUUUUUGUAUUAAAAAGACAUAAUCUGUCAAGAUAGCUGAACUAACAAAAUGGUGUCCUUUAUUUUGGUUGAAGAGAAGUUGUUUUUUUGAUCACUGAAACUAUUGUGCUUGCCAGAGACCUUAGUUACAUUUUAAUCUGCAAAUGUGACGUGAAGACAUUGUAUAUUUUUGUCGCGUUUCCUCAGAGUUUGUACUGUGCCAUUACCAGAAGGUCUUUAUAUUAGAGUAUAAAUGUAUAGAUAAUUUCCCUACCUAUGUAUUUCACACACAAAUCUUGUGAGUAGCAUUGACCCUAGAGGAUGCUUAGAACUGUUUUUACCUUUUUAACAAAUUUAUGCUUAAAGAAUACUGUGACUUUUUCUAAAUGAAACUACUUUGUUAGCCCCUUGGUCUCCGACGUUAACAUGUUGCUGCUAAGUUUUUGUACCGUAGACUUGGAUCCUGAUCUGUAUGUUAUAUAGAACUUCCUGCUCCUACUGUACAGGGGCACCUUGUGUAACAGAUAAAUAUGUCCCCCCACCUCUACACAUGUGCAUUGUGCUUUAUAUUCCCCCUCUUCUCCAUCCCCAGACUAAUGUCAGUUCCCUGACUGAUGUUUGUUUAUUAAACACAAUAUUUACCUCA